GCGCCCGCAGCCAUGCCCGCCCGCCGCGCCGCGCGCACCUGUGCGCUGCUCGCCCUCUGCCUCCUGGGCAGCGCGGCCCAGGAUUUCGGGCCGACGCGCUUCAUCUGCACCUCGGUGCCCGUGGACGCCGACAUGUGCGCCGCGUCCGUGGCCGCCGGCGGCGCCGAGGAGCUCCGGAGCAGCGUGCUGCAGCUCCGCGAGACCGUGCUGCAGCAGAAGGAGACCAUCCUGAGCCAGAAGGAGACCAUCCGCGAGCUGACCACCAAGCUGGGCCGCUGCGAGAGCCAGAGCACGCUGGACGCGGGCCCCGGCGAGGCCCGGGCCGGCGGCCGCAAGCAGCCGGGCUCGGGCAAGAACACCAUGGGCGACCUGUCCCGGACGCCGGCCGCCGAGACGCUCAGCCAACUCGGGCAAACUUUGCAGUCGCUCAAAACCCGCCUGGAGAACCUGGAGCAGUACAGCCGGCUCAAUUCCUCCAGCCAGACCAACAGCCUCAAGGAUCUGCUGCAGAGCAAGAUCGAUGACCUGGAGAGGCAGGUGCUGUCUCGGGUGAACACUCUGGAGGAGGGAAAGGGCGGCCCGAGGAACGACACGGAGGAGAGAGUCAAGAUCGAGGGCGCCCUGACCUCCCUGCACCAGCGGAUCAGCGAGCUGGAGAAAGGUCAGAAGGACAACCGUCCUGGGGACAAAUUCCAGCUCACGUUCCCGCUGCGGACCAACUACAUGUACGCCAAGGUGAAGAAGAGCCUGCCGGAGAUGUAUGCCUUCACCGUGUGCAUGUGGCUCAAGUCCAGCGCUGCGCCCGGGGUGGGCACGCCCUUCUCCUACGCCGUGCCCGGCCAGGCCAACGAGCUGGUCCUCAUCGAGUGGGGCAACAACCCCAUGGAGAUCCUCAUCAACGACAAGGUGGCCAAGCUGCCCUUUGUGAUCAACGAUGGCAAGUGGCAUCACAUCUGCGUCAGCUGGACCACCCGGGAUGGGGUCUGGGAGGCCUACCAGGACGGCACCCAGGGUGGCAACGGCGAGAACCUGGCGCCCUAUCACCCCAUCAAGCCCCAGGGCGUGCUGGUGCUGGGCCAGGAGCAGGACACUCUGGGUGGCGGGUUCGAUGCCACCCAAGCGUUCGUGGGCGAGCUGGCCCAUUUCAACAUCUGGGACCGCAAGCUGAGCCCCGGGGAGGUGUACAACCUGGCGACCUGCAGCGCCAAGGCGCUCUCCGGCAACGUCAUCGCCUGGGCGGAGUCCCACAUCGAGAUCUACGGCGGGGCCACCAAGUGGACAUUCGAAGCCUGUCGCCAGAUCAACUGAGGCUCCUGCCGGCCGAGCCUCCCGCCCGCCUCCCCCCUGCUUGUGCGGUGAUGACCCGUCUGUGUGUCCUUCUCUCCCACCCCCCAGGCCCCGCCCCCGCACGUGCUAGCUCGCAGCAGCCCGGGAAGCAGGUCCGGCGCGAGGAGCCGGGUCCCAGGCCUGCUCGCGCUCCCACGGGCGUGGUGCGGACGGAGGUGAGGGUGCGUGUGUCUGCGGUGUGUGUGUCUCUGGGAGGCGUUUUCUCUCCUUCCUCCUCCUCCGUGUCGCGGGAGAUUGCGCUGGUUGGACGUCUGUGCGUGCCGAUGCGAGCUGCCCCCGUGUCCUGCGGCUGGUGCGGCUUCGCCUUUGUUUGCAGACCUUUUCCAGAGCUGCGUCGGUAAGAUAAGUGUCUCCUGGGGGUUUGUUCAGGGCCAGGGGGCCUCUCCACAGAGAAUUGCCAUUUUGUCCUGGGAGUGGCUUCUCUCUGGCGGCCCUGGGGUGGGACCUGUGCUCUCCGGCGGUGGUGGCGGGCAGAGGUGAGGGGGGCCGGCCCCAGGAACCGGGCGGGUCCCCCCCACCCCAGUGCCCAGCCAGCACACUUGCACUUGGCAUCCGAGGGCAGUGGCGCUGGGCCUGGGAAUCUGCCUUGCAUGCCUGCUUGGCUGGCUCUGGCCCAGGACAGGCCCCUGGGCCUUCCUGCACCCUUUGAGGCUGGGAUCCGUCCCCUCCUCUUUCGGCUGCCAGCUGGUGCCCCUGAGAGAAGAGUGUCCCCCCCAGUCCAGGAAGCCAGGCUUUCCGGGCCCUUGCCGUGUGGCCUCCGGCCGUGGAGAGGAGAGGCAUCUGGGGUCAGUUACAAAGGGGACCUUUCAGACCAGGAAACUCACAUUAGGAUUAAGACCCAGGCCGUUAGGACCGCUGCCCCUGGGACCUGACCGGUGGACAAGAAGGUCCCCCCGAUUUGAGAGCCAUAUCCCUCCCACACCCCCAGGCCCAGGGACACUGGCUCCGUGGGUCCUCCAAGGAGGCAGGGCCUCUGGAGGCCUCUCCCGGGGAGCCAGCGCUGGGCCUAAAGCCCCCUCCCCCUUCUUCGCAGGGCUCAGGUCCCGGAGCAGCCCCAGCGUGUCACCGGCUGGUGACGCCGAGACACGACCAGUGUCCAGACCUUUAACUUUAUUUUCCCCCGUGGAAAGCAACCGUACACAUUUCCUUCUGGUCCUUCGGAGGCAGAGAGAAAAUGUGCGUGUGCGUGUGUGUAUGUGUGUGUUCUGUGUGUGCACGUUUGUUGAGAGAGAGAGAAGAACUCUAAGACGGAUCAUGCCCAAGGCCAGGCGGGCUCCCCGCUCGGUUCCAUCUGGGGGUCACAGGCCUUGGGGGCACCCAGGUUCUGUCACAGGAGUCUAAUUAGCAAAAGGCUGGCGAGUCUUUCUAGAAACCCUACCACUCUGCCUGGCCUGUCUACCGCUGCAGACGUCCCCCCGGGAGGCGCAGGUGGCCCUGGCGUCCGUUCCCCAGGGGCCCCCGUCUCCGUAAACGCAGGUCCAUGUUGUGUCGGAAACCUCGUGCGUCUGUGUGUGUCUGUGUCGGUGUCUCCGUGCUCGUGUUCCGUGGGUGUGCGCACACCCGCCGCCGUUCCGAAACGCAUCGCCCUUGUGCCGAGGGUGCGGGCCGAGCUCCGCACUGCGUGUCGUGGCUCAGCAGUGGCUUUUCUCUGAGACCCUGCGCCUCGUCACCGCCCCCGGGUCGUGGCGUCCUGGAUCUGCAGGGAUCUCCUCGUUUGCAUGUUCCCCGGGGUGGCGUGUCCCUUGCUCCUUCAGUCUGAUGUGUGUCCCCUGCCUGCAUGGACUUCUGGUUCUGUGUUGUGUGCCCAGUGCCACCCAUUGUUCUGUGACCAUCCGUGUAGCUGCCGAAAAUGGCUGGAUCAACAAGCCAAGGGUGUCGGGGAGGUCAGCGGAGGGCCCGUUUCCCUCCCCCUCCCCAGUCCCAAAACACACCACGAAGUAGUUUUUAACAUGUAGGUUGACAAGGAGCCUAAACAGAGCCCAUGGUUGGGACAGAGCGAGAGCUUGGAAUCCCCUCGAGCCCAGAUCGGCCCCACGCCUCACUUCAGUCACCCCGGAGCCGUUGCUUUGGCAACGGCGCAGAGGGUGCCGGGUGUUCUCCUGUCAGCACCUCCCACCAGCCCCUGCCGACCGGCCCAGACCACCGUCCGCCCCCCACCCCCGAGGGCCUGGUGGGAGCCGUCCGUUUAGGACCACAAGCCAUCCUCUGCCCUGACUAGAGACGGGCAGAGCCUGUUCCCCUAGACGCUUAUGCCUGCGUCCCUCUGGCCUCCCGACCCCCUUCCCCUUCCUCGCCCCCCUCCCCCGAGGCACCCAGGGUGCCAGGGAUGGAGGCUGACGUGCGGCUCCCUCCCCGCCCCCCACCGGAGCGUGUGCCAAGCCCCUGGACUCCCUCACUGUGUUAACACUUGGCACUCUGCUGGCCCCAAGGAAGGCCGACCACAGCCACAAACGUCCCCCGUGGUUCUCACGCUCCCAAACUGACCGACGCCCCCCCUUGCACUGACUCACCCACACCGAUCUCAGGUAAGCCGUUUUAUAAAACAGGAAGGAGCCCAGCACUGCCCAGGCGGUGUCUGCUGUUGCGAGGAGUGUCCCACGGACCCCGGGCGGCCGGGGUGGGGGAGCUGCCGACAGGGCGCCCCGGGCCCUCGGGCCUUCGAUCCCACUUGAAUUGUAAGCCUUCCUGCCUUUGAUAACACAGUAUUAUUUCUCUUACUGUAGAAGAAAAAAGUUUAUUACCAAACAAGAGUAUUUUUAUGAAAGAAAAGGACAAACCUAUAAAUUAACUCAACCUAUAUCUCCCUUGAAAAUACUUUCAGGCUCCGCCAAAACGUAGGACUGAAAGCGUGUAUUUUGGAAGAAAGAGAUACAUUUUGUAUGCUUUCUUUUCCUUUUGUAGAUUCCCAGUUUAUUUUCCAAGACUGCAAAGAUCACUUUGUCACCAGCCCUGGGACCUGAGACCAAGGGGGUGUCUUGUGGGCAGUGAAGGGAGGGGAGAGGUUGGCGUGAGGUUCGGGCACACCAGUGAGCCCCCCACAGGGACCGUGGGGCCGGGUGGGGCGUGGCCAUCCAGAGCUGACUGGGGAGGCGGGACCCGGCCGUCCGUGGGAGCACAAGGCUACGUUUUGUUAACACGGAGAGGGUAGGGCCCUUUAAUCUCCUGGCGACCAAAAACCGUGGCUAGAUGCAGCUGUGGUUCCAUCUCUUAAAGCACCGAGUGUAAAUCCAGUCAACUAACGCUGGGAAGCGUGUCCCUUCCAUGCACAAUGGACUCAAGUGCAACUUGUUAAAAGGGAACAAGUCAUUGAGAAGGGAAAAAAAAGGCCAAUACUUAGAGUCCCGAUUUUGUCUUAUUUGCCAAAAGAAAUCCGACAAAGCAAACCCGUAUGGUUGAUGUUGUUAUGAUGUACAUACUGUAUAAUAUGAAAGAGAAUCGAUGGACCUUAAUUUUUCAUUAUUUGCUAACCAAAGCUGUACAUUUUUCAUAUGAUCUGCAGCCUUUUGGGUAUCAAAUGGGUCAAAACCAUGGGACCUGCCACCUCCCAUUAGCAAUUCUGGAAAUGCACUAUUUCUACUGGUAUUGCUUUUUUCUUUUUCUUUUUCAUUUUCUUGCUGAAACAUGAAUUGUUGAGUUUAUUUUUACACAGUAAAGAGUGAAGAAAGAC